AGCUGAAAAGUUGAGACGCCACUUAACCGCCGCACCUUGUGUGAGCUUCACUCAAUUAAUUACAAUGUCUUGCUGGGUCCGUGUGGUCAGUACGCUGGUAUUCACUGCAAUUUAUAUCAACGCGGAAGUCUCAGUGAAUCAACCACCUUCGAAAUCCACAUCUCCGGGGCAGAACGUCCAAAUACCCUGCACCAUGUCUGGAACCUCUUUAGGUAGUAACGUUGUUUCCUGGUACCAGCAGAUUCCCGGAAAAGUUCCUCGGUAUCUGUUCUGGUAUAGAUCGGGGAGCAGCAUUAACAGAGGCUCUGGAGUCCCGAACCGUUUCGGCGGCUCAGUAUCCGGCAACACGGCAACAUUGACAAUAUCGAGCGUCCAGUCGGAGGAUGCGGCAGACUAUUACUGUGCUGUGCGGAUAAAUUAUGUUACCACCUUCGGCAAAGGAACGAGGCUGGCCAUUGGCAAUCCCCGGAGCCCCAUGGUCACCGUCCUCCGGCCUUCAGCCGAAGAAAUUACGGGAAAGGGCACAGCGACACUGGUGUGUUUGGUGAGCCGUUUUAAUCCGGGAGCUGUGGGCAUUGAGUGGACCGUGGACAGACGUACGAAAAGCGAUGGCGUUGAGACGAGCCCUGUCCUUCAGGACACGGACAACACGUUCAGUGUGAGCAGUUACCUGACUCUGCCAGCCUCAGAAUGGAGCUCACACGAUCGUUACUCCUGCGUGGUUAAACACGAGGCUCUCGCAAACCCGUUUGUAGCAACGAUCGAGAGAUCCAGCUGUAUCUAAAACUAUAUUUCAAACUUAAUAAAGAUGAAAAGCUUAUUUUAUCCGUCUCUUCCUUCAUUAAAAUAGCUUUAAA